AUGCAUUCACUCACUGUGAGCUUUGCGAAUUCUGCAAUUAUUAGAGACCAUUUGUUGGUGGAUAUAGACCGGCUGGUCCGGUUGAACAUGGAAGCUUGGACUGGUCGGGUCCUCCUCAUGGAGGAGGCGAAGAAGAUCACUUUUCAUCUGACAGUGAAGCAACUGAUGAGCUUUGAUCCCUGUGAAUGGACUGAGAAUCUGAUGAAAGAAUACAUGCUAGUCAUUGAAGGAUUCUUCACUAUUCCUUUACCAAUAUUUUCAACCACAUAUCGCAGAGCCAUCCAAGCUAGAGGAAAGGUGGCUGAGGCUUUGGGAUUGGUGGUGAGGGCGAGGAGGAGGGAGAGUGAGAAAGGGGAAAGAAAAAAUGACAUGCUGGCGGCGUUGCUCGAUGAAGAAGGCGACGGUGGAGGAGGGUUGUCCGACGAGGAAAUUGUUGAUUUUAUGGUGGCUUUGUUGGUGGCGGGUUAUGAGACAACUUCUACAAUAAUGACACUCGCCGUUAAAUUCCUCACCGAUACACCCCGUGCCUUGGCUCAACUCAAGGAUGAGCAUGAUGAGAUCCUUGCGAAGAAAGGUGAAGUGGAGACUCUUCAAUGGGACGAUUACAAAUCUAUGAAUUUUACCCAAUGUGUAGUUAAUGAAACUCUGCGUGUAGCUAACAUAAUUAGUGGAGUAUUUCGAAGAGCAAUGAGGGAUGUCAGUAUCAAAGGUUAUACAAUUCCAAAAGGAUGGAAAGUUUUUGUUUCUCUUCGAGCUGUGCACAUGGAUCACGACCACUUUAAAGAUGCUCGCACUUUUAAUCCAUGGAGGUGGCAGGCAAAUUCAGGAAGUAGCACGGCAAAUGUAUUCACACCAUUUGGUGGAGGGCCAAGGCGUUGUCCUGGGGCCGAGCUUGCUCGGGUCGAGCUCUCAGUUUUCCUUCACCACUUGGUCACUCAAUUCAGUUGGGUACAGGCAGAACAAGACAAACUAGUUUUCUUUCCAACAACACGGACUCAAAAGCGUUAUCCAAUGAUAGUUCAGCGCCGAAGUGAGUUCCAAUGCUCCUCGACUUGUAAAGAAUGA